AUGGCAGAACAGACGAACGUCAGCCAGGAGCUUUAUCCUAUCGCUGUGCUCAUCGACGAGCUCAAGCACGAUGAUGUUCUCCUUCGCCUCAAUGCCAUUCACCGCCUCUCCACCAUUGCUCUCGCCCUGGGCCCCGAGCGCACACGCGACGAGCUUAUCCCGUUUCUGGACGAAUCCGUCGAGGACGAGGAUGAAGUGCUUGUAGCCCUCAGCGAGGAGCUCGGCAACUUCGUUGAAUAUGUCGGAGGGCCUCAGUGGGGUCACGUCCUCCUGUCGCCUCUGGAGAACCUCGCCGCGAUAGAGGAACCCGUCGUGCGCGACAAGGCCGUCGAGUCUCUCAACAAGAUCUGCCGCGAGAUCUCCGAACAGCAAAUCGAAGACUACUUCAUCCCUCUCACAUUCAGACUCUCCAAGGCAGACUGGUUUACCUCGAAAGUUUCAAGCUGCGGUCUCUACACCACCCCGUACAAGAGGGUUUCUGCUCAAACGCAAGAUGAGAUGCGUAAAGCCUUUGCGCAGCUUGUCCAUGAUGAGACGCCCAUGGUUCGCCGUCAGGCCGCCACCAAAAUGGCCAAAUUCGUCAAGGAGAUGCCCGCCAACGUUGUCAUUGACGACAUGAUGCCCCUCUUCCAACACCUCGCCCAGGACGACCAAGAUAGCGUGCGACUGUUGACCGUCGACAUUCUCGUCUCCAUCGCUGAAGUUGUGCCCAAGGAGCAACAGGCCAGUCACGGCGGAAUUCUCGCCCUGUUGCGGAGUCUGAUAGAGGAUAAGAGUUGGAGGGUCCGCUACAUGAUUGCCGACAAGUUUGAACAGAUGGCCAAGGCCGUAGACGACGAAGUGGUCUCUCGCGACCUUGUUCCUGCCUUCGUCAAGCUACUUAAGGACACCGAGGCUGAAGUCAGGACGGCCAUUGCUGGUCAAAUACCUGGGUUCUGUUCCCUCAUCGACCGCAACGUCCUCCUGAACGACGUCAUGGGCAGCAUCGAAGACCUCGUGUCUGACAGCUCGCAGCACGUUAGGGCCGCCCUGGGCACACAGAUUAGCGGCCUUGCUCCGAUUCUUGGCAAGCAAGAGACCAUCGAUCAUCUUCUUCCCAUGUUCCUCCAGAUGUUGAAGGAUGAAUUUCCCGAGGUUCGGCUUCAUAUCAUCUCGAAGCUCGAACUCGUCAACCAAGUUAUCGGAAUCGACCUGCUCUCGCAAUCUCUUCUGCCAGCUAUCAUCCAGCUAGCUGAGGAUAAGCAGUGGCGUGUGAGGUUGGCCAUCAUCGAGUACAUUCCCCUCUUGGCCAGCCAGCUUGGCGUGAAGUUCUUCGACGAGAAAUUGAGCGAUCUCUGCAUGAGUUGGCUUGGUGAUACAGUCUUCUCGAUCCGCGAGGCUGCGACACACAACUUGAAGAAGCUUACUGAAGUCUUCGGGGUGGAGUGGGCGAACGAGGCCAUUAUUCCCAAGGUCAUGGCCAUGGGUAACCAUCCCAAUUACCUCUACCGAAUGACCACCUGCUUCGCCAUUUCUACUUUGGCUCCGGUAGUGAGCAUGGAGGUAAUCGCCGGAAGCAUCCUUCCACAGCUCCUCGACAAGCUGGCCGAUGAUGACAUCCCAAACAUUCGAUUCAACGUGGCCAAGACUUACGGCAUCUUGAUCGACGUGCUGCGCCGACUUCCCGAAGAGGGUACGAUCUACUCUCUAGAAAAGGAAGGUGUCAGCUUCACGCCGUCUCCGCGGGGCAUGGAGCUCAUCCAGACUCGGAUCCUGCCUAAACUCGAGCAGCUGCAAAAGGAUGACGAUGUGGACGUCCGCUAUUUUGCGACCAUGGCCGCCAAUAGUGUGACGGGAUCGGCGCCGGGUGGUGAGCCUAUGAAUACAUCACCAUAG